UGAAACCGCGAGCCAUACAAUUUACCCGGGCUUUUUUUUACCCAUACAAACAGACAAAUUGUUUUUACUGAGCUUUCUAUUAAUCUCUUUCGAAAUUAGGUUAGAGCUGAAAAUGGACGGAGAUGAGUUGACUGAGCAAGAGACUGCACUGUAUGAUCGUCAAAUUAGAGUUUGGGGAGCUGAUGCUCAACGAAGGUUGAGCAAAUCUCACAUUUUAGUCUGUGGGAUGAAAGGUACUGUAGCCGAGUUUUGCAAGAAUAUAGUGCUGGCUGGGGUUGGUAGUUUGACGUUGGUGGAUGAUCGGUUGGUGACUGAUGAAGCAUUCUCAGCGAAUUUUUUGAUCCCACCUGAUGAGAAUGUGUAUAGUGGGAAAACCAUUGCUGAAGUUUGCUGCAAUUCGUUGAAAGAAUUCAAUCGAAUGGUUCGUGUUUUGGUUGAGAAAGGUGAUUUCUCAAGCUUUGGUGGAGAAUUCUAUGAUAAGUUUGAUGUAGUUGUUGUCAGUUGCUGCUCCUUCACAAAAAAAAAAUUGAUCAAUGAGAAAUGCCGAAAGUUGUCGAAGCGUGUAGCAUUUUAUACUGUUGAUUGCAGAGACUCUUGUGGUGAAAUAUUUGUUGAUUUGCAGAACUAUAAAUAUUCAAAGCAAAAGCUUGAAGAAACAAUUGAAUGCCAUUUGCGGUAUCCAAGUUUUCAGGAAGCAAUAUAUGUUCCAUGGAGAGUUCUUCCUAGGAAAACAUCAAAGCUUUACUUUGCAAUGAGAGUGAUUGAACAGUUUGAAGAAGCGGAAGGGCUUGGUGCAGGAGAGAUUUCAAUUGCCAAUCUGCCUGGUGUUUUGAAGCUAAAAAAGGAGCUUUGUGAGGCAAAUUCACUCAAUGCAUCUCAUAUUCCUGACACCCUCCUAGAAAGAUUGAUCAUGGGUGCAAGAGAAUUUCCCCCAGUUUGUGCCAUCCUUGGAGGAAUCCUUGGGCAGGAGGUUAUUAAAGCAAUAUCAGGCAAAUGUGAUCCUCUCAAGAACUUUUUCUUUUUUGAUGUUGUGGAUGGGAAAGGCAUAGUGGAAGACAUAUCAAACCCAGACAAUAGAAGCUAAGAUAGCUUUUGCAUUAGGGCUAAUAUUGGAGUAGAAAUUUAAUGUUAUUGGCUGUCCGGUGCCCACAAAUAGAAGAAAUUUGAGAUUUUAUUGAUGACUUUGUAGGAUCGGUUGACCAUCUUUAUUGUAGCUUGUUAAGACUGGUUUAUUUCUGCAGUUGGUUGGGUUGGGACAGUGCUUUAUUGACACGUAAUUAAGGUAAGAAUUUCUUGUGUUUCAUUCAUGUAGAAUGACAAAGUGCAAUGAUUUGUUAUUUUUGUAAGCUGUUCGCCCAAUUAUCUAUAAGUUAUAUCUUGGAUAAAUUGGUGAAUUAUGUAUAAUUAUUAUCCUAGAACGGAGGUAAAACAUGGGAAUGUAUUGGUUUAA